GCUGCCCUUCAUCACUUAAAGCCGGAAGGCAAGUCAGGCACUUUGCUCGUUGGGAACAUCGAACGAGACAUGCGUGUAUCGUUGUCUACCACACGAACAGAACUUCGCUUGGAUAUAAUCCGGCAUCUCCAGUCACCAUGGACAGAAUGGUCACGCAAACAUUCUCUCACCCUUGAGAGUCUCGAGAUGCAUAAAUCACCCAUGAUGCUUCUCUUUGACCCGAGGCAGCCAUUGUAUGAUCCUGACGCAGUGGUACUUCAUGAUUUCUUCCUUCGCUCUACGACCAAAGAUUUGGUCCUGAAAUUCUAUGCCAGCACAAAGGUUGCUAUUCUUCUCAUUAUGACGCACGCU